AUGGGGACCCCGAGACUGGACACACCAGUGGUUAGAGGCGUCACCGGACAAUUCAGUCGGGCGCUCAAUGGUGCUCGCACAGUAAUCCAUGGAGCUCAGCACGCCUCCGAAGCUGUGGAUACCAUGUGCCAUUGCAUUAGUAUCGCCGGACGUGUGAAGACUGAAGUGCUAGAGGCCGGGGUUCGUUCCAGGCGGUUUGAGGUGUGUAACCAAACCGUUGCCCAGGUCGACGAAGGGGUUUUCAACCCAUCCUUCAUCGGGGGAUGGGAGCAUUGCUGCCAUUCAUAUAUACCGUCUGAAGCUCAGAUAAGUGCUUACCCAGUGGACAGCGUAAUCGUCACUACCUUAGGCGAUUCACCACUGACGUCUGACUUCGCUGGAGAGGCCAACAUUCCUGCAGACGUAUUGUCGCGAAAGGGUCAAGUUAACAUCCCGGAUUUUCAGUUGUCAAAAGAUGACAGUCUUUUCUGUGGGCGAACUACGGAUGACGCAGUUCGGAUUACGGCACUAAGUGGGCAUACGUUCACUAAAUUGGCCUCUCUGUUUGACGAGGAUAAAAUCACCAGUUAUGCGGUUUCCACAGACAAUACGGUACUGUUUGUCUACUAUUUUUGUCGCUCUCAAGAACCUCAUGCUGAAGAAGAUCGAAUAUCCAUCUAUGAAGACCAUCAAAGUUUGGCAGGUAAUCUCAUUUGGAAGAGCUUACUCACAGUCAUAGUCCUUUCAUCAUCGACCGAUUUUCAGAAUGGCCGUGAGUACUGGCGGGACAAGAUUGGCUACAAGUUCAAACGACAGCACUGUGCGUUUGUGGCACUUGGGCCCCAAAGAGGGCUUUUCUGCUACAUCCUCCUGCGUUUCCAUCCAGACGGUCCGUACUUAUUCUCCUCCGCUCUGGGUGAUUACAAUGUUGUUGUGUGGAACACCGAAACUGGUGCCAAACUGGGCUCGCUGGAUGGACAUCAAAGCCAGGUCACUGGACUGUGCUUCAAUGACGAUGGAAAUUCGAUAGUCACAUGUGGUCGCGACAAAGUAAUCAUGCUGUGGUCUUGUCCGGAAUUUCAGCGACGCAACAUAAUACCGGCUUUUGAGAGUCUAGAAGCUUGUGUCUUUCUUCCAACCGGUGCACUGAUAAAUCAUCUGGGAGAGUCUGUACGUUCAGAACAGUUGCUUCUCACUGGUGGGCAAUGGGGUUGUCUACGCGUCUGGCAUCCGACCACUGGGAGAUGUUUGCUGGAAGUGAAAGGUCCGCUUGAUCGUGCCCCCGUAACUGCUGAUGGAACUGUCCUGACCUCGAAAGACCGCGAAUCAAUCGAUUACGGCCUUCAUUCGAUUGUCGACUUGCAGCUCGCCCAUGUACUCCCCACCCCUGAUUCAUCAACGUCCAGUGGAUCACCAACCGACUUGCUUCCCAAGCUAAUCCUCGUCCGUCAGAGUAAUCAUGUGGAAUUUUACGACCCGAUGAUAGCGAAGCUCACCGCAGAGUUUCUCGGGGAUAUCGGUCAAGUGGAUCAGCUCUGUAUUGUCGGAAAGUCACACAACCACCUCCUCCUCGCAGAUGCUUCGCCACAUCUGAAGCUAUUUGUCAACCCCUGUGGUUUGUCUGCGUGUUCGAAGGAGAUGGACAAGGGGGGAAAAGGUUCUUGGAGUUGUCACCUCGUCCCCGGGGGACACGAAGAUGUGAUCACUGAUUUGACGGUCUCCACUUGCGGUCAAUGGAUCGUUAGUGGUUCAAAGGAUCAAAGUUUGUGUUUGUGGCAAGUGGUCGAUCGCGAUCUUACACUACCUGGGAAAGGUCCACUGACCAAAGUGGUCUUAGUCAACCGUUUACUCAACGCCCAUUCGGCACAUAUCAGCGCCGUGUGUUUCAACAAAUCCACAAAUCUGCUCGUCUCCAGUGCGGAUGACAAUGUGCUAAAGGCUUGGACAAUCAAGUUUGACAAACCAGAUGUACAAAAGACCGCGAAUUUCCACAACGUCGAAUUGGCCGAGUGGUCCGUUGUCCAUAAUGCGCACCAAGCCUGCGUCAAUGCCAUCGACGUGUCCGUUAAUGACCAGCUGGUCGCUACUGCGUCCAGGGAUAAAACUGUGAAGGUUAGUUUGCCCCACGUUUGUUGUCCCCCCAUGUCCCACAUGGGGCGAGAGGCCCAAGUGACUGCGUCCAGGGAUAAAACUGUGAAGAUAUGGACUGUUACGAAGACCGGUUUGGACUGCUUCGGUGUCCUGCAAGGUCAUCGCCGUGGUGUCUGGUCCGUGUGUUUUUCUGCUCGAGAGAAGGUUGUGUUAACUGCCUCCGGCGAUGGAGAUGUCAGGCUGUGGAACUUGAAGGACUUCUCGUGUAUUCGGACCUUUGAAGGUCACGAGCAACCCGUUUACAAGGCAGUUUUCCUCUCAAAUGACCGUCAAAUAUUAUCUUGUGACCAGAAAGGACUUGUUCGGUUAUGGAAUGUUUCCAAACCUGGCGCGACUGAGUCGAGUGACAGUUCAACUGGGUGUAAAGUUUUUGAAGCGCACGAAGGUCGAAUAUGGUCGAUUGCUGUGUGUCCAGAUGAGUCCGGUUUUUACACUGGCGGGGAGGAUGAAACGCUUUGCUAUUUCAAGGACGUGACGCAGCAAAUAGUGGAGGAGCGCAGCAAGAAACAAGAGGAAUUUAUACAGACGCGACAAAUUCUUGAUAAUCUGAUACAACAGAAACAAUUCGCCGAGGCCCUCCGACUAUCCGUCACACUUGAUCAACCCAAACGAACGUUGGAUCUACUUCAAGAUUUGCUACUCAUGGACGAGGACAUGUCUCAGAAAGGAAAUAACAAAAUGAAAUCACUUCGUUACUCUGGACACGUUGCGAAGCUGGAGACCGCUCUCAAUGGACUAUUGCGUUCAACAGAUCCCAGCAAACAGUUCCACGACGUCCAUAGCACAUCAAGUGAACACCUGGUUCAGCGACUUCUAACUUAUGCGAUAAAUUGGAAUACGCGCGUCCGGACUUCUGUGAUUGCUCAAGCUAUCUUGAACUGGAUAGUAACCACUUGGACUCCUGAGGAAUUACUGCGGUGGCCAGGAAUCGCAAGAACUGUUGAGUCGUUGUUACCCUAUACUGUGCGACAUUACCAACGUGUUUCUCGUUUGGAGGAACAACUGGCCAUUUUGGACUACUUGUGCGACGUUGCAGAUGAGCAUCAGGUUGGCGACAUCGCUGAGUCCAUCGAUCCAGCUCAGACACCGGACGUGGUGGAUCUCAAUCUGAGCGUGGAAACAGAAUGCGAACUGAGAAAAACUUGAAGAAGUUCAGCAAUAAUCAACUUCACUGUACAAAAUGAAAAUACAACCAUGAGAUACAGCGCUGCCUUUUUUACAUUUUGUGGUAGAAACAAAGUCAAUAGGGUACAGGGAGGUCAGUGUAACAAUGCUCCCUGCCCCAUAUUGCGUUCAUAAUCGGAAAUAGGCUACCUUUCGUUGUGGGAAAUAGUCGUUCACCAUUGAUGUCAAACUCCUGUAGGUUAGAGGUGACGUUUGUGACGCUCGGCUUUUCCCGGUGGCGAGGACUGAUUCGUCAUUGCCGCAGACAACCUCACCAAGUCGAUUCACUGUGAAUAUGUGACUUCCUUGAAGACCCACUGCCCUGUAUGUCUUUAUGUCUGUGGCCCGAUUGCCGAAUCCAGCAACCAGUGGUGGAAAUUGGCCUGAUGUGCUGUUGUAUGCCUCCUGAGGGAACAGAUUGCGCACUUGUUGUAGGCAGGCAAUUUUAAAUUCAUCUGCUUUUCGUUGAAUGACUUCCCUGAAAGUAAC